UGCAAAGGGAUUUGCUGAGACCACAGAGAAAGCUGUGGCUUUAGAAAAGCUAUGGGAAGAAAACUCAAAGUUCUCAGGGCUCCAUAACAGCACCACUUUUCUUACUAUGGAUUUGAAUGAAGCUGAGGAAAUGAUUUCUAGAGUAGAAAACCUGUACAAGCAACCUUCCUUCUGGAACCUUCUACAUUCACUCCCUCACCUUGAAUCGAACAACUUUUAUAUGGAGGAUGGGUUAGCUGCUGUCGGACAGUUUCUGGAAGUUAUUAAAAAUACCUUAGCAUCAUUGAAGGAUUUAGAUGUGAUGCCAUUUGGCCAGAGUUUCUAUGAAGUAGUGAAAAUUGCACUGAAUUUAACUGCUGAAUUGGUACAGGAUAGGAGCUUGGAAGGUUUUCAAUAUAAUCUUUCUCUAGGGGCUGUUUUGUGGAAUCCACAUGCUGUCAGAGCAGAACUUGAAUCUAGGUUUGGUUUUGAUGAUCUUUGUGUUAAGAAACUUCUAAGUUAUACAGCACAAUUAACAAAGAUUCCCACAGGAGAGACACUGGACCAGUUUGUGUGUUCUGCUCUGUCCAGUGUGCCAGGGGAUGAAGCUAACAAAGAGAAUAAUGAAGAAAGCUGUAUUUCCACAUGGCAUGAGGCCAAACUGUAUCUUGUCCAUUCUGUCAGCAAGCUCAAACUCUAUGCACAGGUAUUAGAGCAAUGGUUCGGCAGCAACUGCUGUCAGAAACUACUUUCAGAACUUGAAAGAAUCAUAGUUGAUGUAAUGUCUCAGCUACUAAAUGACAGGGAAGCCAGAAAAAUUGUCUCAGGGAUAAAUACCCUGAUCAAGCAAUGGAAUGAGAAAUCAGAAGCCUAUUUUUCAGAAGAAUAUAGCCCAUCUCAUAAUCUAAUCCUAUAUCUGGAGAGAGUGCAGGCUGUGCUACAGUCUGUGCCUCAGUGGCCUGUUACGAAGAGAUUGCUUCUGGUAGAUGGAGCUAUAAGGAAUGUAAUAACGCAAUAUUUAAACUUCACUGAAGGUAAAGCUGCGUGGUGGGUACUUGUCAGUAGCACUGUCCAAAGGCAGUUAUUGCAGGGAUCCACUGUGUGUAUGUUGAUGAGCAACACUUCCUACGUAUGCGAUGAUGUGCUUACAAUGUUCGAGAAGGCCCUGCAGCUUCCACGGGGCUCUGAUAUCACUGAUGUUUUAGCCAUACAUGUGUGUCCUGACAGUGACUCAGAGGUGGUUUUCAAGCUAAGCAACCAGGUCCAGUCGCUAAAGGAAGCCGUCCUGCUUCUGCAGAAAGUAACGCAUGGACAACAGAGCCUGCCAGAUUCAAUAACGGAUGAUUAUUUGGGAUGGCAAGAAAUAGAAGAGCAGCUAGCUGAAAGUUACCAUUAUUACUGUGUAAUUAAUCAGUUGCUGAGCACAGAAGUGCCAUCUGAGGAGGAUGUCCAUUUCAGCUCUUGUCAGGAAGAGCUGUUCUUCUCACUAAUUAAUAAUACUCUUGAAGAAAUCUUGUUUGCCUUUGAGGGAAAUCCAUACUGGAAGGAUUUAACAACUUUUGUCCAGUGGACAUGCAAGGUAGCUCAGUACAUGAACGAGAAAGUGGGCUCCACAGAAGGUCAGUCAGAUGGACUAGAAGCAUCUCUAUGUUCUAGACAAAAGCUCAGUUUGGAGACUAUCUUAGGUCAUUAUUUAGCAUUUCUGCAAGAUUUACCAGAUUAUUCCUCAGUUAUUUCCUGGUCACGGAACUUGACAUCUGUGAAAGAGUUUUUGAAGACAGAAGAAAAUUUAUGGAUUUCUGGUGAAAAGGAAAUGGAUCAUCUUUUACAUCUUGCAGAAGCCAUAGAAGGAAUGAUAAUGACUGAUUUCUCAGCUCUUUCAAGCCUCCAGUCUCUAAUGGAAACUGUUUUGAAUAAUAUGAUUACAUGGAUGAAAAAUUUUGCUGAGGGGGAGGAAUCUGCCACAAACUUCUCACUUGCACUUUCAGACCUCCAUAAUGAAUUGCAAAAAAAUUUCCAGGCUCUUCAUGGAUCUUGGAUGAAAGAGAAGACAGAUAUUUUCUGGCAAAUAGUGAAAAUUAUAUCCCAUGAACUUGAUUCUAUGCCCUCUCAUAUAAGUCAAGUGGAAGAGGAGGAAGUAUUGGAGACCUUAUCUAGAUUUAUAUUCUCCAUUACAGAAAAUAAAAAAAAUCUUAAUAGAAGUAUGCUGUUGGUCAAAAAUAUUCUAAUUAAUUGGCCAGAUUUCAAUGUUACUACUUUGAACCGCCUAGAACACUUGAGUGAAAACUUCCGAAGGAAUCUUUAUGAGGUUGGAUCAUUGACAGAAAGUCAUAUCAAUGCAUCUUUCAGCACAGUUCAUGGACUGAGUAAUGCCUCCUCUUCAUUAUUCUCGAAUGAAACUUUUAUAUAUAAAGUACAAGAGUUAGGUGAAAUUGUUCCCAAUUUCUUCAAAGGCAUCAAAAAAUUAAACAGUAUUAGUGUGGACUCAAUUGUUCAGAUACUUUUCUCUCUGUAUCAGAAUGCUGAUUUGCUCCUAAAUAUUGACAAUAACACUUUGUUUGAAUUUCUUUAUAAGACCUCAAAAGAUAUUUCAUCUUUUCAAGCAUGGCAUGAUUUCCAAGAUAUGGACCGAGUUUCUGAUUUUCUGUUUGAAACUUUUGAUCUUCUCUGGAACUUCACCAGUAAGUCUCUCUGUGAAAAGUUACAGACCUUUUACAAUUACACAGAGUUUCAGGCCCAGUCUCUUGCACAGGAAGGGAAAAAAGAGAUGCAAAUUGUCUAUAAUACUCUGAGCAACCUUAAAAUGUUAUUAAUGGAUGAAGAGCUUGAAACGGCUGCCUUUUGUUAUUUGGAACAAUUUUUUGAUUUCUCCCUAGAAUGCCUGAUAAAUAGUGGAUGCAUUGAUUUUUAUCUAUCAAACAUUACUUCUCUAAAUCACUCAGCAGAAGUUUAUAACCUACUUCUGCUUCCAUUGGACAGUGUUUUGUUUAAUAAAACAAACUUAGGAGAUGAGGUAAGUGUGCCUUCUGCUUUGCACUGCACUUUUACAUGGCUUCAAACCUGCACAGAGAUUUUUGAAGAAGCGUCCAAAAUCUUAAACUUAAAUUCCACCUUUUUUGUCUAUCUGAGGAAUGAUUUGGCAGAUCUCUCUGAAAGUCUUUUAAAUACAACUCACGUUGAUCUGUGCAAUAAAACGAAUAUGGCUAUUGUUGAAGCUACAACAGCAAUGCAUCUGUUGAAAAUCAUAGUUGAAGGUGGUGAUUUAAAUGACUGUAAAGAUUUUGAAGCUUUCCUUGCUAUUCUUCAAAGUGUAUUUGAAAAUGCAAUUGAUGCCACAAGCUCACUUAAAGGUAACAGUUUAGAUGAUAUUUUAGAAAUGAUAGGAAUCGUGAUAACUGAAUUGCAGCAAUCUAUACUGAAGGUUGGUAAUGGAGAUUUUUUGAAUUCUUGGCUUGACACUUCCAUUUUAGGAGGAUCUGGAGGAAAAGAAAAGGGUUCCAGUGUAUUUUCCAUUGGAAAUUCACUUUCUGCUAUUCUCAAGCUUUCCCCAAAAGAACUUGAAUUUGUUCUCACUGAGAUAAAAGACACAGCUGAUUUCUUAAGAAAUGCACCUCAAGGCAAAUAUUUGGCUUGUGUCAGUAUUUUCAAGAAUAUUACCAAAUUAAUUUUGGACAAUACUCUGAAAGACCUAAACUAUUCACAAAUGAAUUUUUCAUCUCAUCUCCAUGUCUUUCUGAACUCUUACAGUAUAGUAGAUGAAGUAGAGGAUUGUAAUGGGUGGAUACGUGGAUUUAGUAAUCUCAGUGAAAAAUACAAAUCACCGUCUCACCUUGAAAAUGCAAAACAUGUUUUAUUUCUACUGAAAUCUUUGGGAAACAUUGAGACAGAUACUAAGCUAAUGAACAGGAUAGAUUUUGUUAAUUUGGUUUUUAAUCUAAUUCUCCCUGAGUGCUCUGUAACUAGUUCGGAUGUGAUUUGUGUAAGUGUAUAUUUCAAUGUUCUAGCAAAAACUUUAAAAUUCAUUCUCCCUGAAUUUCACAUUCAAGAUGACACUAGUGUACUUGAAUUUAUUUUUACACUCUUAAAUAACUCUGGAAGGCUAAUAAAAAUGUCUGUCAACAAUUUAAUGGGGUACUCACACUAUACAUCAAAUGAUACCCAUUUUAGUCCGUCAGUCCAUGGUUCUAACAGGACUUUGAGGAUGUUCCUUAAACCCUUCCAUCAAGUUCUGCUUUCCUCAAAAGAAAUUUUGGCAGAAAUUAAAACUCUUCUGAAAAAUGAAACUUUUGAAAUUCAAGAAAACAUCUCCUCUCUGUUGGAUAUUGAAAUUGAUGAGAAAAAUAUUGGUUUCUGGAUGGAGUUCUUUCAAGAUGUGAUUAGUAAACUUGAUUCAAAUUUGUCCCAUAAAUUGCAGGGUGACAACAACACAUUUUUACAGACACUGAUAGAAAAAGUACCUCUGAAUGCUGAACUGCUAAAAAAGGCACUCAAAAAUUUCAAGUCUUCUAGUCUCACUGGUUUUCUAAUAAGAAAUGAUGAAGAGUUUCUAGGGCAUGUUGUAACCUUGGUGCAAAAUCUAAAGAGCAUGGAUAUUGAGUUCUUGAUAGGUCAAUUUAAACAAGUCCAGAGGAGCUUGGAUAAUUUUUUUAAAAAUGUCAAACCUUUGCAUAUUGAGAGCUCUGAGUUAGGGCUCUUAAUAGACUGGUGGGAUGCAUUUGAGAACAAGUCAUGUAAUUGUAACCUGACCAGCUUAUGGCAAGUCACACGACUUUUUCAAGCAGAGGAGCUCUCUGAUGUAGAAGAGAUGUUUCAUUUCCUCCUUGAUGUCAUCAGCCUUACAGAAAGAUUAGCUCACGGAAACAUCACAGAAGCACUAGCCGAAGUAUACGCUUUUGUACUGACUCAGGAAGCAAAAAUGCCAAUGUUUACAAAAGAGGAAUUCUCUAAUCAAGUAGAAAGUCUACUGAUGUUACUGGAGACAUUGACAGAUAUGCUUGAUGAACCUGCAGAGGCCUCAGUUUGUUUUUCUGCAGCAUUCUGCGGGGCUCUCACAACAGUAACACCUCAGAGUGAUCCCACUUUUAAACCUUGUGACUUUGCGCAAAGCAAUUUUUCUCUGAAUUAUAAUGCAAUCUUCUAUGCCAUUAAGGAAAUGAAACUCGUCACUGUGAAUGACAAUUCCUCAUGCACUUUGGAAGAUUUUCAGACAGAUAUCACUCACAAUCUGACUUGCUUUUUUCAUCAGAUUAAAGAAUGGAACUCUAUUCUUUUGAAGUUUUCUGAGCUCCAUCGUGUAAAUGGUUCAGUUCUCAAAGAGCUACUGGAUUUUUGGGAUGAACUGUUCCUCUAUGCUGUGCCACUGCAAGCAAAUAAUACAAACUCAGGAAACUGUUCCUCCACAUUGAAGAGACAAGUGGCUUUACAGGUCAUAGAAAUUCUGAGCAAUAUACAAGUGGAGGAAAUGAAGAUGGCCGAAGAUGUUCUUGAACAGCUGGAUAAUCUUUAUGAUGGUCUAAAUUGGAACAGACACUCAAGAAUAUCACUUAUAAAGACUGCUCUUACUGAUGUCAAGAACAUGACUAGUGAAGUUUCUGAACUCUUGGAUGCAGAAGCUGUCCUUUCUUUUCUUUCUAUAGUUCAUCCUUUAAUGGCAAUAUCUUCUGUUGGAAGCCAGGCUUACUCAAUGCUUAUGGUAUUAGCUGCUUUAAAUGGGAACAGUAAUAUAUCUGAUAACAUUGAGAACAUCUGGUUGCCUAUAGUUAAAAGUAUAGAAGAUUUACUGGUGAAUUUUAAUGUUAGACACUUACUUGCAGUGAUAGACAAAGAGUUUCAAUUACUAACGGUAGCCAAUGGACAGUCCUCUUCAAAGACUCUUCAUGUGUUCACGCAGCAAUUUAAUAUAUCAUUUGCAGAGGCUAUGUUAAGAAGUUUUGAAGACAUACAAGAGAUUGUGAACAGCUUUCUGUGCGAGUGUAACAAUAAAAAAUAUUCUAAAAUUAUGAAAACUCUGAUCCUCCUUAUGGCUAAUGAAAAUUCAUCAGAUCUACUGCUGUUUGUCGAAAAUGUUGUUGAGUUUCUGGAACUAUUCCAAAAUAAGUCUAAAGGAGAUUACACUGGUACACUGUUUGUUGAUGGUCAUCUUGGCAGAAAAAUAUCAAAUAAUACUUAUAUUGCUAAUUCAGUUUUGCAAAGCAGUCUCCUUCAUAUGAUUGCUGACUUUGUUAUUACAGAAGAAGCUCGGCAUGCAAACAAUACUGAGCUUCAGAUAGUCGACUUGAUUGAUUCAUUUUUUUAUAAUGCACGAUAUGGAAAAAUUUCUACUCCGUCCCAAAAGAGAACUCUAGAGAUCUUGCAAGAGAUCCUGCAAAUGAUCUUUCCAUCUUUCACAGAACAUGACAGGAACAAAAUACCCUUUUUACUAAAGGAUUUCCAUGAGGAUAUAAUGGCAGAAAUGAGAGCAUCUAAGAUAUGCAAGAUUCUUCAGGAGCGUUUACACCCUGCUAGUGUUCUACUAUUGCAUAAGUUGCAGUUUGCUAUUUUGAAUAUUAUUAAAAUCUUUUCAGAAGAACCAGCUGUCGCCAGCAACUUUUUCUGUGUUGUCACAAAGUGUAAAGAUGACAUAAUGAGUCAUUUACUUGUCUCUGUCAUUGAAGGAAUCAAUUUGGUUCAAGAUCAUUACCAGCACAUUGAAAGAAUGUGGCUUGCUUUCAACAAGGGGGAUUGUGAGAGCAUGGCAUAUAUAAACCAGAAACUUUCAAAUACUCUGGAGAGUUUCCUGAGAGCCUUACAGAAUACGACUGAUGGCAGCUGUGAAUGUCAACUAAUGUCGGGGAACAUUCAGAGACGCUUGCAAAUGUUGGCUGAAAAUUGGGAGCUACAGUUGUCAGAAAAUCCUGUGCUAGCUUUUCUCAGAAAUUUUAAUCUUUUGAAUGAUAUGAAAGUCAAAGAUUGUGUGCAGAAUAUUACUGAGCUGAGGCUGGACAUUCUUUCUUCUGUCAACAUUUCUGAAGAAACUUUCAGUACUAUCUUGGAAGCCAGUAUCUCUUAUUCAAAGGUUUUUUACAGUGCCUUUGUGGGAGCUUUAACUGGAAGAUGUGAUGAAGAAGUACUUAGCCUGUUGCUAAAGCUACCUGAAAGCAACAAGACUUCUCUGGCAGUAGAAGAAAUAUGUUCUUUACCAGCACUGGACAUGUAUACCAUGUUUGUACUGAUUAUACAGAAUUUGAAUUUACGUCAUAUCAUUUACAUGAAUAAGAUACCAUCUGAGAUGGGUGAUGUACUAAGCACAUUGCUGGAUGUGGUCUCUAGUAUCAGCUCCCUUCUCAAUAAAGUUCAGCAUGUCAUGGAAAACCUUCCAGUGUUCCUCCAACCAAUUCAGAACAUUGGUGUGCUUGACACAUUGCAGCAGUUCUUGCAAGGUGGGCAGUUCAGAAGUUCAGCUGCUGGAUCCCUGGAGUCUGUAAUCAAGGCAAUCUGUAGAGAAGAAUCUUCAUUUUUCAGCAACGCAAACCUCUUCAUUGACAUGCCCAGAAUCACGGGACUCUUGGAGGACAAUAUGGCAAAAUAUGGCAUUCCUGAAGACUCGACUCCGUUUUGCUUGAAGCUUUAUCAGGAGAUUUUACAGUCUUCUAAUGGGGCUUUGGUAUGGACUUUCCUGAAACCUUUAUUACAUGGAAAGAUACUGUACAAUUCAAAUAUCAACAUGAUUGACCUGGUGAUAGAGAAGGCUAAUUUCACUUUUGGUUUUGUGGAACACUUGAAGACUUAUUCUCAGACAUGGCUUAGGAUGUCUGAAGUUUUUAAAAAUCGUGGAAAUGUCCUCAUGGUCUCACGGCUGCAGGAAGCACUUCAAAACAAUUUUGUAAAGCACUUUGUAGAAAGUAACCUGGAUAUUGACAUGGAAAAGCUCUUUCAAAAAAUGCAAGUAUAUGAAAUUAUGAUGGACAAGAUGCUUAACAGCUCAGCAAGUAAACAGAUUGACCUGUUGUCACAUCUCAUAGUAAAUAUUUCUUCCUGUGUGUUACUGGAUCGUUUCCAGCCUUUUGAGUCUGUUGAUAAAUUGGAGGAGAAAGCUCGUGAACUCAUGCAGCAAAAUAAUUUUUUGGCUAGUAUCAUCUUCAAUGCACCAAAGAACAAGACACCAGAUUCUAGUAAUCUCCUUCCAUGGCACAUUUCAUAUACAAUUAGAACCAGUAUUCUCUACAGCAUGAGAACGGAUUUGAUUAAGAACCCAGUGUGGAAAUCUCACCCCCAGAAGCUGCCAGCUGAUGAGUUUAAAUAUAACCAUAUCUUUAUUCCUAUUCAAGACAUGAUUGAAAGGGCAAUCAUUUCAGCUCAGACAGGGUCAGAUAUCUCAGAGCCAGCAAUUCAGGUGCAAGCCAUGCCUUACCCUUGUCAUACCAGUGACUUAUUCUUGAACAAUAUAGGUUUUUUUUUCCCACUUAUGAUGAUGUUAACAUGGAUGGUUUCUGUCGCUGGCAUGGUUCGCAAGCUGGUUUAUGAAAGAGAAAUUCAUCUUGAAGAGUAUAUGAAGACAAUGGGAGUACAUCCAGCCAUUCAUUUCUUUGCUUGGUUUCUGGAGAAUUUAAUUGUGCUCACAAUAAGCAGCUGUGCCCUGGCCAUCAUUUUGAAAGCAAGCGGUAUCUUUGCUUAUAGCAAUGGCUUCCUCAUCUUCCUUUUCCUCCUGGAUUUUGGAGUGACAGUUAUUAUGUUAAGCUAUUUUUUGGGAGCAUUUUUUAGCAGUGCCAAUACAGCAGCUCUGUGUGCCAGCCUUGUGUAUAUGAUCAGUUUUUUACCAUACAUAGUUUUGUUGGUCUUGCAGAACCAGCUGAGUUUCAUCAAGCAAAUUAUAAUGUGUCUCCUGUCUACAACUGCCUUUGGGCAAGGAGUAUUUUUCAUUACAUUCUUUGAGGGUCAAGAAAUAGGUAUUCAGUGGAAUAACGUGUACCAGCCAAUGGCACAAGGAGGAUACAUGACCUUUGGACUGACCUGCUGGAUGAUGUUAUUCGACUCCAUUUUGUAUUCUAUAGGUGGCUGGUAUUUCAGCAAUAUUGUUUCUGGAAAAUUUGGAUUAAGGAACUAUUGGUACUUUCCUUUUACUGUUUCCUAUUGGAAGAACCUGUGUGGUACAGAGAGGAUGAGAAAACACUGUCUGAAUUCUAAUAUGUUUUUCUUCAAUGAAAACUUCCAAGAAAAAGACCCAGUACCUCCAGGCUGGAAAGGUGCUUGCACAGAAGGAGCUACCAUUGGUGUUGUGCUGUUGUCUCUCACCAAAGAGCAUGUGGAUGGCCAGAAGGCUGCUGUUAAAGAUCUCAGCCUCACUUUCCAUAGAGGUCAAAUAACAGCGCUCUUGGGACCUAAUGGAGCUGGCAAAACAACAGUCAUAUCACUGUUGACUGGUCUGUAUCCACCUAGCUCUGGCACCAUUAUUAUCAAUGGAAAGGACAUACGGACUGAUCUGGCUACGAUCAGGACAGAGUUGGGUGUUUGCCCACAGUAUGAUGUCCUGUUCAACGUACUAACAGUACGAGAACAUCUACUGCUUUAUGGAUCAGUGAAGGCACCUGGCUGGACAAACAAACAGUUGAACCAGCAAGUCAGUGGAGCUCUGGAAGAUGUGGAUUUAUCAGAGCAUCAGUACAAACCUGUUGGAGCCCUUUCUGGGGGAAUGAAAAGGAGGCUGUCAAUUGCCAUCUCCUUUAUUGGAAACUCAAAGACUGUUAUUCUAGAUGAGCCCACCAGUGGAGUAGAUCCAUGUUCCCGACGUAGUAUCUGGGAUGUUCUUCUGAAGUACAAAGCAGGUUGCACACUGAUCUUUACCACCCACCAUCUUGAUGAGGCAGAGGUGCUCAGCGAUCGCAUUGCCAUCCUGCAGCAGGGCCAGCUGAGGUGCUGCGGUUCUCCCUCUUAUCUAAGAGAAACAUAUGGCCACGGACACAGUCUAACACUCAUAAAAAAGCCUUCUGUGUUUGAAAUCCAGGAUCCUGUGCAUGUUGUUCGGGUCACAUCUUUGGUACAGACCCACAUACCAGAAGCCUUCUUGAAAGAGAACAGUGGGACUGAGCUGACCUACGUGAUUCCAGAAAGGGCAGAUAAGACCUCUUUUAAAGGUCUUUUUCAGGCUUUAGAUCAAAGCCUUCAUCAUCUACAUGUGACUGGCUAUGGUAUUUCUGACACCACUUUGGAAGAGGUAUUUCUGAAGUUACUGCAGGACUCGGAGAAGAUACCAUUUGUUCCACAGACAGCACACCUGGACAAUGCAAAAGGUGCUGAAUCAGCUUAUAUCUCACUUACAGGGGCCUCAUGUGUGUGUGGAGCCAGUCUUGUUCUUGCACAAAUAGUUGCCAUUCUGAUGAAGAGGUUUCACCACGCCAGGCGAGACUGGAGAGGAAGUCUGUCAAACAUGCUGCUGCCCAUCGUCUUUGUUGCACUGGCAAUGGCCUUGUUUAGCGUGAAGCCGCUGGCUAUUGCUUAUCCUUCUCUCAAGCUGACACCAAGACUUUACAAGAAUGCAGAAUCCUUCUUUAGCACUGAAGAUGAUAACCUAGGAAACCUUUCUCAGAUUCUACUGAGAUAUUUCUUUGACUGGGACCACACAUGCAUGCAUUCUAAGCAAGGAAAAAAUAAUUCAUGUUGGCAGAUGGAAUCUUCUUCACCCCAGGAUUCAUGUGGAUGUGUGUCUGAACAGGAGAUGUGUCCGAGUUUCAACACCUCUGUUCUCUAUGUGAAGAAUAAGAAAGGACAUAUUCUGUAUAAUCUUUCAGGGUUCCUUGUGGAAGAAUAUUUAGUGAGGUCUUCCAACAAAGCAAGAUAUGGUGGUUGGUCUUUUGGAGGGAGGAAAGUCUCUGCAUUUCAAGAACAAAAAUUGAAUAAGAUCAAAUCCAAGCCUGUGGCUAAGGUAUGGUACAACCAAAAGGGUUUCCAUUCACUGCCAUCCUACUUAAAUGAACUCAGUAACUUCAUCCUGUGGCUGAAUUUGCCUCCAGCUGUGGAUUGGAGACAGUAUGGGAUCACACUCUACAGCCAACCUUACGGAGGAGCCUUGCUGGAUGAGGACAGAAUAAUGGAGAAUGUUCGUCAGUGUGGAGUAGCACUGUGUAUCAUGUUGAGUUUCUCCAUCCUCACUGCAUCCAUUGGCAGUGCCAUAGUGAAAGACAGAGUAUCUGGCACAAAACGUUUGCAACACAUCACAGGCCUGGGUUACAAAACAUACUGGUUUGCUAAUUUCUGCUGGGAUAUGCUGUUUUACAUGGUUCCAGUCACCCUCUGUGUUGGUGUUGUUAUUGCCUUCCAGCUUUCAGCCUUCACUUGCCGAAAGAAUUUGGCAGCCACUGUUCUCCUGCUGGUACUCUUUGGAUAUGCAACUUUACCGUGGAUGUAUCUUGUAUCCCGAUUCUUCUCAAGUUCAGAUGUCGCUUUUAUUUCCUACAUCUCCUUAAACUUUGUGUUUGGCCUUUGUACCAUGCUGGUGACUCUCUUACCUCGUUUGUUAGCUAUACUUUCCAAAGUACAGAGUUUUCAGUACAUCUGCAAAAUCCUCAAAUGGACGUUUAUAAUUUUCCCACAAUUCUGCUUAGGCCAAGGUUUAAUAGAACUUUCAUACAACCAGAUCAAGUUUGACCUGACCAGCAACUUUGGAAUAGAUUCGUACGUGAGCCCAUUUGAGAUGAAUUUCCUGGGCUGGAUUUUUUUGGAAAUGGCCCUGCAGGGAACAGUUCUUCUUCUUUUACGGCUUUUUUUCCAUUGGGAUCUCCUCCAGAAACCAAGGGGUCAGCAUUCACUUAACAGCACAGUCAGCCCUUCAGAAGAUAUUGAUGUAGAGAUGGAGCGACAGCGACUUUUUGGUGGAAGAACUGGUAAUGAUGUCCUUCUUCUGUACAACCUCAGGAAGUGUUAUGGAGGUUUCAGUAAGAAGAACAUAGCUGUGGAAAACAUAAGUUUGGGAAUACCAAGGGGAGAGUGUUUUGGACUCCUGGGAACAAAUGGAGCUGGGAAAAGCACAACAUUUAAGAUGCUGACUGGAGAGAUCAUCCCAUCUGCAGGGCGUGCUGUUAUCCGGACUCCUACAGGAUCUGAAAUGGAUAUACUGUCUGCUAGCUCUGAAGGCAUUCUUAUUGGCUAUUGUCCACAGCACGAUGCCUUGGAUGAACUUUUAACGGGUUGGGAGCAUCUUUAUUAUUACUGCACACUGCGCGGAAUUCCAAAGCAACAUAUCUGUAAGGUAGCAGAAGACCUUGUCAACCGGUUGCAUCUCAAUGCCCAUGUUGACAAACUGGUGAGAACAUACAGUGCUGGCACAAAGAGAAAGCUCUCUACUGCUGUGGCUUUAGUUGGUAAACCCCAAAUACUUUUACUGGAUGAGCCCAGUUCCGGGAUGGAUCCUUGCUCUAAACGCUACCUUUGGAAAACCAUUCUGAAGGAAGUUCAGGAUGGCUGUGCAGCUGUGCUGACAUCCCACAGUAUGGAGGAAUGUGAAGCCCUUUGCACACGGCUUGCUAUUAUGGUGAAUGGAAGCUUCAAGUGUCUUGGUUCUCCCCAGCACAUUAAAAACAGGUUUGGGGAUGGCUAUUCUGUCAAAGUUUGGCUGAGCGAAGAAAUAAGCUCUCGAAGAAUGAUUCUGGACUGUCUACAGCUGCAUUUUCCUGGAGCACAAUUUAAGGGACAGCAUCUUAACCUGCUUGAGUACCAUGUCCCUCGAAGUGAGGGAUGCUUAGCUGAGCUCUUCAGAGUCCUAGAGAACCACAAAGAUUUUCUCCAAAUCAAACACUACUCCAUUAACCAAACCACGCUGGAACAGGUAUUUAUUAAUUUUGCUACACAACAGCAAGGUACCUCGCCUUCUUCACAGGAACCUCCCAUCAUUCAUCAAGACCACCUGCCAGUCUAGGCUCAGAAUAGGAUAGAGCUUCAGCAGCAUUUGUGUGUGUAUGUUUGUGUAUAUAUACACACAUUUUUUUUAUGUAAUAAAACUUUCAGCUUUUAACAUUUUGUGAGUGAGAAGAAUAUAGUAGGAGCAGAGGUGAGUUGGCAUUUGUAGUCCAGAAGGAAUGAUACGAGUUCUCAGUAAAACAGGACUAGUUACAUGCAGACCAAAAAUCUGCCAGAAAGUAAUGCUUUGAAAUGAACUGGAAUUUUAUAAUACACAUGGCCUAAUUAAUGCAGCUUUGUGUAACAAAAAAAAAGCUGAUCUGAAAUGUCACUGUGUAUAGUGGAUUUUUUAUUUUUUUUAUUUUUAUUUUUUUGUGGUGGAUCUAUAUUCAUUUGACUACAGUAAUUUUCUCUUGCAUGCACACUUAAUAACUGAUUUUUACAUGAACAAGGCAAGAAAAAAAAUCAUUGAAUGGUUGAAAUAGCUAGGCUAUCACCCAAUAUUUUUAUUUAAUAGCACAAAUUGAGAGCCUUUUGACUUCUGCAUUAAUUCAGAUCUGUGUUGUGACAAGCUAAAUUAGCCUUUUUAUUGUAUAAAGGAUGCACUAUAUUCCACGAGGGUCUAUGUUAAAGAGGGUAUUAGUGUACUAGUCUGCUUCGCAGUUAUGUUAAGUAAAUUUAAUAAGGCUUCAUAAAUCAUACUUGACUAUGACUUUUCCCUUACGCCUACAGGUUGCUGCUGGUGGAAUUCUCAAGUAUCUUUUUAAUGACCUAUUUCCUUUUCCCCAGCUUUUUUUUUUUUUCUUAAGAAAAUGUCAAAAUUCUGUUUAA